CGGAAGCCAAAGCUGCCCGAGCAAGGGCUUCACAGCACCGACCCCGGCGGGCAGGACCCCGCGCACCCCGCCAGAGUCCCGACCCCGCAGGGCUCCCCACCAGCCCCGCGGACGCAGCCGCCCAACCUCGCCAGCCGCUGCGGGGGCCUUCGGCGCAGGCGCCGCGUCAGGCAGCGCGCCGGGCAGCCCGGGGCCAUGGCGGCGGCGGCGGCGGCGGUGGGAGCGCGCGGCGCCGUGCGCUGCUUGGCGGCGCUGCGCGGCCGGGGCGCGAGCGGGGCGGCCAUGUCUUCAGAUGCACAGUGGCUGACCGCAGAAGAGAGGAACCAACUUAUUCCUGGCUUGAAAGCAGCAGGGUGGUCGGAGUUAAGCGAGAGAGAUGCCAUCUACAAAGAGUUCUCCUUCAAAAAUUUUAAUCAGGCUUUCGGCUUUAUGUGCAGGGUGGCCCUGCAAGCGGAGAGGAUGAAUCACCACCCAGAAUGGUUCAACGUGUACAACAAGGUGCAGAUAACGCUCACCUCACAUGACUGUGGAGGCCUGAGCAGGCGUGACGUGAAGCUGGCCCAGUUCAUCGAGAAAGCUGCUGCUCCUCUGUGAUCUCUUUCAGAGUGCGCGCAAAGAUCCAACAGCCGGCUUGCAGUGCUUUUUCAAGGCCAUUUACGUGAAUAAACUAAGUCAAAAAUUA